AAACGUUUACAUGUCAUAUUAUUGGUUUGACAGUUCGGCCCCUCUCGUUUCCACUCUGUAUCGAAUGUGAUUUUACAUGUUUUGAUUGUUUUCAAUAUCGAAUUUGCACUCUCUAUCCAAUUCAAUUCCGACGUAGUUUCGAUUUUUUUUGGCAAAAUUAUCAUUGCAAGACCAUUUUCAUCACAUCCAUUUGUUGUUCUUGAAGUUCAUCGAUUCGUCUAGUUUUGAUAGCUAUUUCCAUUCUGAAUUUUAUGUGAAAAAAAGAGUUAUUGUUUGAAAUUGCCGUGCGCUGACAACGGUAAAUGUAAGACACACAUUUAAGUGUUAGAAAUAAAUUUUGCAGAAGACUACAAAAAGGGGGCAAACGAAAGAAGAGAAAGUGUGUGUGUGUGUGCGUGUGUGUGAAAAGCCAUCGAAUUGAGAAACAGAGAGAAUGGCGGAAAAAACGUAUGAUUUGUCAACAUUUCGGCUGGAGCGUAUUCUCAAUAAAAAUAGUAAAACCAAAACGAUUUGUGUGCUUGGCACAUUUCCAUCACAACAAUCGUCUGAUACCACCACCACCACUACCACCGAACCAGCGAUUGUUGUGCUCGAAAAGACCGCAUUCACUGAUCACGACGUCAACACCACACACAACAACCAUGGCAACGAUGAUUAUGAUAAUGAUGAUGAUGGAAGCGCAACACAACGCAACUCUUACUUUAGCUUAGAGACGCAAUUACAAAAUGAGUUUAUUAACGAUAUUUAUGGGAAUUUUCUAUGCUUUCCAUUACCAGCCAUCAAUAGUGUGAAAUUGAAUAUCAUUUGCCCGUGCACCGAGAAACACAUCCAAAAGUAUACAUCACAAGAUAUUCGCAUCGUCCUUGAAACACCACAUCUUUAUAACACCGUCACCGAACCACGACUACAACUCGAACGUGAACAAUUCACCUUGGACUGGGUGUACAAUAUUCUCGAGCAUAAAAAAGAAGUGGAUCGUAUAAUAUUCGAGGAUCCAUGUAAGAAGCUUGGCUUUAUUCUGUUGCCCGAUUUCAAGUGGGAUGGUAAAAACCCGGAGACAUUUUAUGCCAUUGCAAUUGUUCAUCAGUUGAAUUUGAGAUCGCUUCGUUCGUUGACCGCGGAGCAUUUGCCAUUGUUGCGAAACAUACAAACCAAAGGUAUAGCCGCCAUCGCCGAGAAGUACGGUUUGGACGAGACACAGUUGCGCAUUUAUGUGCACUAUCAACCGUCAUUUUAUCAUCUGCACGUGCACUUCACAUUCCUAAAAUAUGAAGCGCCUGGCACGCACUGUGAACGAAGUCACUUGCUCAGCACCGUGAUCAAUAACAUCGAAUUGGUAACCGAUUACUAUCAACGAGCAACGAUCCCAUUUACGAUCAAAGAGUCUGAUCCGUACUACCAAAAAUAUCGGCCCGAUGCCGACACCCAUGCUGAGCCCAUAGCAAAGAAGCCAAAAAUCGGCGCCGAUUAGUUUUCAUCGUCGUCGAUUUUUAUGUUUACUUUUAAUUUUAUUUUUCAUCGUCAUCAGAAUAUUUUAGUUUUACCGAUUAUUUGCCAACGAAAUUCAACAUACACAAAACAGCAACGACCACCAACACCCAAAAAGCAAACAGAAAGAAGCCAUGAAAAUUGAGAAUAUUUUAAUUGAGCAUUUCCCGCGUUUGAAAUGUGCCAAUUUUUUCAUUUUGUUCGAUACAAAUUUCGAUGAUGUGUCAUCGGUUCGGGUGCAUUUGCGGCCAACGGAAAUUUUUGUGCGCUUUGAAAAUGACCAUAGUACGACAAUUGAUUUGCAAUCACUGGCCGUUCGCAUUCAAAUCAAUUCGUUGAGUUUGCUAAUUGCCAAAGAGAAUUUAAUUAGUUUUCGGAUAAAUAUCGCGUCGAGUUUUCGUGAGGAAAUCCUACCGAUGCAAUCAACGAUGAAUGCGGCGAGUGCAAUGAAACGACUAAGCUUGAAUGUGGAACCAGACACGGAAUUUUCGAUUGUAUGCGAUAAUUGUAGUGGGCCAUUGAGUAAAUCGUUGCAUUUUCGUCGCAUCCUUGAGCUGCCAUCGGAACAAAUGGAUUCGAAUGAAUGGUUUUGUCAUAAACCAGAGGCAACCACAUGCAAUGGGCAACAUCAACCCGUAUUCAGUGCAACCAGUCUAAUGCCGGCUGAAGAUGAUUUACUCUUUGGCAACUAUUUUGCACUCAUUCAUCGCACACACAUCCAGAACAUUCACGUGAAUUCGCAACAGCGAAUGAUCCACUGCAAACGAUGUCUCAGCCAUAUUGGCGAAAGUGUCGGCGAUUCGACGCUAAAAUUCUGGAAUGGCAACAUCAAAAUCAUUCGAACCAACGUCGACACACCAGAACGUUUAUUCACCGAUUCCAAUUCAUUGUUUCAUAAUUUUCUUGUCAUUGUAGAUCGCGUCUCAUACGAUUAUCAAAUGCUCGGACGUCAAACACUGAAAUUAUUAUUCGAAGCGCGCAGCUCCAAAGGAACCACAUUUUUAUUCAUUCAAACCAUGGCACGUAAUUUGGAAAUCUAUCAAAUGGACAAGCACACAAACACCACCACUGAUCGAGCGACAAUGACACGAGUCGAUGGCAUUAAAUGCCUAUUUUUAUGCGAAGAAAAUACCGAUCGAACACUCGUUGAAUUCUGGCAAAAAGACGUGAAUGUCGUUAGUGCACACAUUUCCAUCGGUAUGCUCGAUGCCACCGUUGAACACCUACAUCUACUCUCCAAAUACGUACCCGAGCAAUUUCGAAUGAACAACGGUUUCUGCCUAAGUUACUUAAGUUAUGGCAUUAAUUCAUAGCAAUAUUUAUUUCUUUUUUCUUGUCCUGAAAAAAACUUUACGUAAAACACACACUGUUACCGAACACCAUUUUUUUUUUUGCUGCUGUUGUUGAGAUUUUGUUUAAUCGAUUAAUAAAAAAAACACACACAGCAUCAAACGCAAAA